AUGUCUGCGGUGCCCAGCGCCAGCUCGGACGCUGCCACCGCCGGCCGCAAUGACACCGGCAGCGGCCAGAGCCAGGCCCAGGGCCGAAGUCAGGGUCCGAGUCAGCGCCAGCACAGUGGGAGAGGUGAGGGUAGCUCCGGCGCCGGUAACGAGCAACGGAGAGCAAGUACAUCCCGCACACUCGCCGACGUGAUGAGGGAGCCGUCCACAACAACCCCCGGGGUCAUGGUGUUGGACUCGCUGCCCGAGGCCACCGGGCGCAAGGAUGUUCUGGACCCCAAGGAGGAUCUUUGGUUGUCCACGGUCGACGGACGAUACAGUUCGCCCAUCAUCCCUCUCCGUGUGGGCCAGGCGCCUUGUCAUGAGACCUUCUAUGUGCACAAGCAUGUCCUCCUAAAAUCCGAGUAUUUCGAGAAGGCCCUUUGCGGCGAAUUCAAGGAGUCGGGCAUGCAGUCCAUCGACCUUCCAGAAGAGAACCCUGCCAUCUUCCACUUCCUCGUUGCCUACCUCUACGAGGGCAAAUAUGAGCCUAUCCGGCCUGCUGCUUCUGUGCUGGUCCCAGACCAAGACAAGGGCAAAGGCAACGCCGCUGACGCGGGCGGCGGCUCCGACUCGGAGUCGGCCUCGUCUAUCGAAUCGGACGUUAGCGCCCGCUCCCGCCGCCGACACGACCGCCACCGCCGCCGCGAGGACCGCAACUGGGAGCGCAUGCGCCAAAAGCAUCCCGGCAUUCACCGACCGAACUGCAACUGCCCGCAAUGCGCCGCCGCCUCAGGCCCGCCUUUGAAGCGAGGAAUGCGAGUAUGA